UCCGUGUAUAAUAAAUGGUUGAAAAAAUUUAAUUUAAUUAAAUUAGACGAAGCUAAAGAGUCAAUCGAAAAUAUAAUUGCACAUUGUUUAAAAUCGAAUAUGCCUUAUUUAACUUACAAUCAGCUUGAAAUUGUUUUGAAUAAUGAUACCAUUACGGAAAUAGAUAAACUUUGUGAGUUACGCUUAAAAAGAAUGCCAAUUCAGUAUAUAAUUGGUGAAUGGCCAUUUAGAGAUUUAAACUUGAAAAUUAAACCACCAGUUUUUAUACCACGACCAGAAACUGAGGAAUUAGUUGAAUUAGUACUUAAAUCCAUUGAACCAAUGUCUAAAACAGAUUUAAAAAUUGCAGAUAUUUGUUGUGGAUCUGGAGCUAUUAGUUUAGCAUUAUUAAAAGCAAAUAAUAAGAUUUCUGUGAUAGCUGUUGAUAGAAGCAAUGAAGCUUGUGAUUUAACAAAACUAAACGCACAAUUAAAUUAUAUUGACAAUAAGCGUUUAGAAGUAUUACUAUGUGAAAUAAAUGAAAGCAAUUUGUUAGAAAAUAUUAAUCAAACAUUUGAUAUAAUCGUCAGCAAUCCACCGUAUAUUCCACAAACAGAAAUUUCGCAAUUACAACCAGAAAUAUUACUGUAUGAGGAUAUAAGAGCACUUGAUGGAGGCUUGAAUGGAUUUGAAACAAUUAAGUUAAUAAUCACAAUGUCAUCGAAUAAAUUGGUUACAAAUGGCUUGUUAUUUUUAGAAAUUGAUCCGAGACAUCCUCAGUUAAUUGAAGAUUUUUUAAAGAAAAAUACUUUACUCGGAUUAGAACUUAGUCAAAUAUAUAAAGAUUUUUGUACUACCAACUACCAAGGUAGUGUGAUCAAUGAUGGCCCGAGCCCUAUCAUAGCCCAAAUGAAAAAAGAAAAAUAUUCAAUGAGUAAUUCAUUUAAUACGUAA